AUGUCUAACAUUAGCAAGGAGAGGAAAGGGGCCAUGUCUAACGCUAACAAGGAGAGGAAAUGGACCAUGUCUAACACUGACAAGGAGAUUAGUGGAACUGACAGUGUCACCCAGUUCACUCUCAUUGUAAACGGGGAAUCUCUACAAGUCACAACCUGUCAACAGAGUUUCAUAUGUCGCUGUAUUGUGAGAGUAAAUUUCGGUGCAGUUGUAGGAAUUCCUGUCUUGAUGGAAAGGAACAUUCAGUGGGAUACAGGCCAUCAGAUCGACUGGUUGGCCCUUGAGCGCAGCAAAACAGCGGAAAUGGCAGUGGAGGUGGUCACAUCCCUACUACAGCAAUAUGGCCAGGGUGGACCAUGCUCAGACACAGACACAGACUUUGUCUACCACAACAGUUUCCUAAUUGCCGACCCUCAGGAGGCCUGGAUACUGGAAACGGCUGGCAAACACUGGGCAGCAGAAAAUGUUAAGAGUGGCUAUCGCAACAUCAGCAACGCCCUGAGCAUCGGCACCAAGAUCGACAAGAUGAGCGAGGGCCUGAAGGAGCUGGCGCAGGAGAAGGGCUGGUGGGAUGGCUCUGGGGACUUCAAUUUCUCUGAGGCAUAUGGGGCCUCCCAGGACGUGGGCCAGGGACGCAAGGAGUGCGGAGAGAAGCUGCUGGCCAAAUUCUCCGAGGGAGGUGACUUUGCCUUGACCCACAUGUUUGAGGUUCUUCGGGACAAGGAAUCAGGGAUUUGCCGCGGUGUGGACCACAAUCGCCCCACAGCCGGAAGCAUGGUGUCCGUGAUAAGCCAGGGAACCCAGAGACCAAGCUGCCACUGGUUCACUGGGACACCAGACCCACAGCGUUCGGUGUUUAAGCCUUUCAUCUUUACCAACAAUGUCAAGAUCUCUCCACAUAUUCAGAGCCCCAAGAUUCCUGCUGAGGAAGAUCCUGCUAAGGUGAUUCCACGCUUUGCCAAGAAAGUGAACCGCACUCACUUGUUGUACCGACGGCAGCAGGCAGCCACAGAGAAUGGUGGCAGCAUCGUGGAUACACUGAGGGAAUUAGAGAGAAAUUGUGUAAGGGAAACUGAAGCUUGUCUGGAAAGCUUUGACCCCGAAAGGUUAUGCGAAAUGGAUGAUCUCUUCAAAGAUUGCGUUGAUUCUGAGCUCAAGUUUUAUAAGUAAUUUUUCAUUCCUUGCUCCUCUUUCAUAAUACCAAAACAUGCAUGCUAGUUUGUAAAUCAACAGGGUUGACUUUCAGGCUCUUAGUUUGGAGGCUUAUGAUAGCUGUAACCUCAUCCUGUUACCUAUAUUAUCAUCCUUUUUUAUAGCCUAAACUAAAAAAGGUGAAUAUUAUUUGUAACAUUCUUUAAUUACCGUUAUCAUUUCGAAGCCUGCUGAACCAGUCUAUAGAAAAAUGAAAUUAUAAAUUUACUAGGAGGAGACUGGCUCGUCAUCAUAAACUGCAGUAUAUGCAACAAGGAGAUUUUUAGUUUUAUCAUUUUCCUGAGUGGAAACGAGCCUUUGUGCAUGAGCGUAUAUUUCCUGGCAAAGUUUUCAAAUGAGUUCUUCCACUGGCAUCACACGUUUGGUGAUUUCCUAAGCCACAGUAUUUAUUGAUAAGGUUUUUUGGUACUACUUAAGCAUCCAAAUACGACAUCAGUAGUCUGUAGUUAACACAUUAUCAUAAUCACCGCCAAAGAGGCCCAGAUGCAAGGUGACCGCUGCAACAAGCAUUAGCCCGAAGAGAAUCACAGCAAAUGCAACUAGGCUAUUGUGGACAAGUGCUGAGUCACCAUGCAGAGGGGGUGCAGGCCGCUUGUCAGGGGAAAGGCAGGGGGUAGGGGGGUGGCAAGGCUUCGAGACUUGUUCUCUAUAGAAAGAUAAUAACUGUGCACACAAAAAUAUACAUGCACAUAUAUACAUGCAUGCACACGUGCGUGCACAUACACAUGCAUUCACACUCACACUCUUACUCUCACUCUCACACACACACACACACACACACACACACACACACACACACACACACACACACACCUGUGCAUAUGCGCACACACACACACCCACACAGUCUCCUGUAUGGCAGUGCAUGCCUGGAAAAUAAGAGGGGUGCGGUACAUACUUUCAUGGUGAUAUGGUACAUACCAAAGAUUUUGUGAUAUUAACUUCAGGAUGCAUUUAUAAAGCGAAAAGAAAAAAAAGAAUUAUGACCUUGACUCAGAUUGCUGUUUCUUUAGACUCGGCCAAGUAGGGUUCUUGGUGACUUGGGAGGAAAGUAGCAAUACCGUGAUUAUUCUUAUAGUUUUAUUAUCAUAAUUAUUAUAAUCAUUAGUCCUCCAGGUUUUGGCGGUAUGUUUUCCCAAGAAAAUAAGAUUGGCAAUACUGGAAUAAGUGGCCUCUAUAUCAUACGCUCUCCUUCCAUUCCAAGAACAUAAAGACCAUUGAACUGUUUGCAGUAAUAUGUCAUAUGUCUUGAGAAAAAUUUCCUUGUAGAAAUUUCAGGAUGCCUUUUUUAUUUUUCUUCAUUUCUUGUGUCAGAUUUAUAUUUUCUCAUCGGAAUUUUGCAUUUUAGUACAGCAUUUAUUGUGAGAUUAGUAUGUUUAGUAUGAGCUCUAAAGAAAAAGGGAUGGCAAGGGAAGAGAUGUGGCAAUAUCCCACGGCAAUGGUUGUACACUUUUUCUUUUUUCCUAAACAUAUCAAGUCUCAUUGGACUUUGGUAGAAUAAGUCUGGAUGAUGGAGACCUAACAUUUGAUCCAGCAGCACUCUUGCCCUGGUUAUUUACCCAUUGUGUGCUCUAAAAUUGCCAAGAAACUGAUACCAGUUUUUGGGAAUGUCAGUAUUAUGCUAUUUUACAAAACAGAUUUUUCAAUUUCUGGAGAACACAAAGCUUGAUGCUGUCCCUUGAAAGGAUGAUGCUUCCAUUGAAGGAUUUUUCAGUGAUUGGCUUUAUUUCCUUUUUUCGUAAGAUGUAUUGCCCAACGAUUGGACAUUACUGACCAAGAUAAGGCAAUGGAAGGGGAAGAAUGACAUGCUUGGGCAAUUCUUAAUUAUAAUUUAUGGACUUGUAUAAUGUCAUGAAAUACAGAUUAACCACUUCAUGUUUUUUUCUCUCUUUAAAGUGUAAAUUACAUAUUCAUUCUUUCAUAGAAGUGCCUCGGACAAGAUUAUCCAACCUCCUUCCCCCUACUCUCAUGAUUGGUAUGUCUGUAUUAAAAAAAUAAAUAAAUAAAUAAAAUGAAAUAAAAUAAAAUAAAAUAAACUGACUACUGGUAAACCAAUGUAUAGAUGCAUCUAAAACUGGCUUCCUGUGAUGGCCAGAGACCACAUUCCAGUAUCCUGUGAAUUGUGAGCUUCACUACCAAGCUUCCCAACUAUAGCCUUUGCACACUCUGCCAAUAUUGUGAAUCCCUGACAACACAUUACAUUAUGAUUUUCCUUUUGGUAGCCAUCUGGUGGUGUUGCUGAGAAGUUGACUUAGUUCUUGUUUAGUACGUAUCACGAGAAGAAGCACUGGUGUUUGGUUCGCUUUCUAGGCUCGCUGUUCAGAUUAUAUAUAAAAAAAAAUUGCGAAAAGAAAAAAAAAAAAAGGAAUGGAAAUAAGUAUAUAUAUUUUUUUCUUACUAUUCAUGUUUUUUUCCCUUCUGAAUAUGGCUGACUUAUGUUUUAAAGGUUAUUUUCUUUUUUUUUCUAUCUACUAGCACCUUUACCAUCCUGCACCACUGUUUUAGAGAUGGAGUUGUCCAGUUCCCUUUGCUCUGUAGCAGGAGGCAACACUCACCAACUGUCUAUAAUAAAGCCUGCAAUUUA